CACUCCUUAGAGCCUAGAACUGGUCCAGUGGCGCAGUUAGCGGUGUGAUACCGGUGCUACAACUUGGCGAGCCAGCCAGGAGUGGUUAAAGCAUUUAAAAUUAGAAACCAGAGACUGUAUAAUAUUGUUAUCAGUGGAAAAAGAAAUGGACGUCAUUCAAACCAGUAGUGUAAAAAGUCCCUAACUCAGUCAUAGUUAGUGGUGUAACUGAUACAGAAACCGAUGACGAACUAAGUGACUUCCUGAAACAAUAUGGUUCCAUUCAAAGGAUAAUUCCAAUAGAACUCACUGAACCAGAGUCAGGCAAACAGAUUAUCGUAGAGUAUACGUAUGGUGUAGCUAUGCAAUCUCUCUUACCUUCAUUGCCAUACAGGCUUAACAGUAAGACUAAGACUGAUGUCACCUACCACAUCAGAGCCUUAGCCAAUGUUUACACACCUGUAGCUAGCAAAACAGCUACACAGACUUACCUUUCAGAGUUAAAGGACAUUGCAAAACAGACUGGUAAAGACUUUGCAGCUGUCCUCAGAGAAGAGCUCUCCCUCAUCAGUGAGACUGUUGAUCUAGAUCACUCAGAGUCCCAAGAUGAAGAUGCAGAGCAGAACUUACCUGAUACCCCAGAGCAAAAUGCCCCUGAAAAUGCUGCACAUGUAAGCCUCCUGCCCAUUAUGGCCCCGCAGCAGCAUGUUCAGCAUCAUUGGUCCUCACCAUCGACACCAUCUAAAGAAAAGACACAGCCUGCUCUGAAACUCUCUGAUGUCAAUCCAUCUGAUAUACAAAAAGUAAUUGUUGAGCACAUAGUAAGAAAUGAAGACUCUGCUCUGCAGGUGCACACUUCCUUGAGACUCAGACCCUUCUCUGGGCGUGUCCCACGUCCCAACAGUGAAGUAGAUUAUGAGACAUGGCGCUCCAAUGUGGAACUUCUCCUUAAAGAUAUGACACAGUCUGAUCUUUACAAAUCACGAAAGCUUCUUGAAAGUCUCUUAUCACCCGCCAUUGAUAUUGUGAAGCACCUGACACCUGAUUCUCCUUUUAGUGCGUACUUAGAGAUCUUGGACUCUGCUUUCGGCACAGUCGAGGAUGGGGAUGACCUCUUUGCAAAGUAUCUCAACACGAUGCAGGAUAAUGGUGAGAAACCCUCAGCUUAUCUACAACGGCUACAGGUCAUGCUGAGCACCACCCUCAGAAGGGGAGGGGUAAUUGCAAGCGACCUUGAUCGGCAUCUUCUCAGGCAGUUUGUCAGAGGCUGCUGGGAUAACAUCUUGAUAGCUGAACUCCAGCUAGAACAAAAGAAGCAGAAUCCACCUACCUUUGCUGAACUUCUCCUGUUACUCCGCACAGCAGAAGAUAAACGUUCUUCCAAAGCUUCACGCAUGAAACAACACUUCAAUGUUUCAAAACCAAGAGUGUCCUCUCA